AUGAACCGAGCUGCGACUGCGCGCAACAAGCACCUCAAGGGCGUGCAUGGGCCCAGUCAUGCCAUAGCCAUGGACCCUGCUGCAAGACGUACAAGCCCCUUUGACCGGCUCAGCGGGGCGAGGAUCCGAGAAACGCAGCAAAAUGAGCACAUUGCCUGGCCUUCCGGCAACGAGGAGCUAAGGAAUGAACUACUGUCGCAGCCUGAACACCAUCAACUUGCCCAGAACUGGGAGACCAACAUUGCCACCUGGCGAAGGAUGUGUCUUCAGAUUGCCGACUUUCCGCCAUACCACCGAGCGAUAGCUACGGGCGAGGACUGGAUUAAAGUCACGGCUUUGCCACAGUGGCUCGCUGCUUUCAGAGCGAAUCUUAUUGACUACACCGACGCUGAGCGGCUUGAGCUGUCAAAAAAUUCAGACGUCAAGUGGUUAAGUUACCCAAAAGAUAAUGAUUUCAACCGCUUCAUUAUGGAAUCUCCAUGCGGUACCACAUUCGUCAUUGACAACGAAUUGGAGUCCGAUGUCACUCAUACACGCGGUGAUGAGGCUGCUCGGACCGAGUUGUCCAUGGCUGAGCCCGCGGUUCAUGUCGGGCCCACGAGCCAAAUUAGCCAAUACAUUUUUCCCACUUCGGGACACGAAAGUCUCACUGAUGGAGAUGAAUGCUCCUUCAAAAUCGAAAUUCAUAAGGGAGAUGAAGAUGAAGAUCAACAUGGGGAGCCCUUGCUCCCGUAUGUGCUGAACAACUGCCGCCUCUACGGCGAGGAUACAGGGGUUGGUCAAGCAUGGCUUUUUGUGCUUCGAAACCUAUAUGCCAGCGGCAGUCUCGACACUGAGAUCACUGCCCUGCGCGAGGAAGCAGGUUUGGUGCUUGACAUGUAUCAGCAGGCUGCCGACACGAAACAGGAGACGCGAGCAGGCGAGCUGUAUGAUGAAGCCUGCACGAUCGCCAAGUAUCUCCAGAAGUACAGGGAACGCAACUCACAACACCAACUCGACACAGAAUCUUGUGUACCUGAGCGUAUUUACGGUCCUACUGCGAUGGGCAUUCGCCGACCGAGGAUCAACAGAGCGAUGGAAAGACAUGCCCGGCUGCUGGGCGUCGACAAGGCGUAUCUGAAACUCCCCCCCAAGGAGCUAUACGUUGACAUGCUCAAUAAUCCCAAUACCAGAGUGCUGAGCAUUGAGGAGAUCAUUGACGGACAUCUGGUCAGACCCUGGAGAGAUAUUUCACGCGCGCCUUCUCUGGAUGAGCGUGAGCUCAACAACAAGAACUGCCUAGAUGCUGUUCGUCCACCGCAGAAUGCGGAGUUUAAAAUCCGAGGGGCUGCGUUAUCUAAUCAAAAGGUUCAUCAUGGGAACCUUGUGGGUGGGAGCGUGCCGGCCGUCCUCAGCGGGACAACUUCACACGCUGCUGUUCACGACAUGGCCCAUACCACGGACCAGCAAGACACAAACGCUGUCGACGAGGACGAGUUGAGUGACUACAAAUCUGGCGGCGAGAACUCGGACGAGCUCGAUGAGUCCAUGGACGCGGUGUCCAAGGCGAACAAGGCAUGA